ACUUGAUGAUGAUGAUGAUUGGAAAAAAAGUUAUCCACAGAAUUUUCACAUGGUAACUUAACGGAUUCUUUUUAAAUCAUCAUGAUGAUUCGGUGAUUAAGAUAAGAUGAUGAAUAAAACUUUGCUCAAGGUUGCAGCCAAUCAUAUGAAUGGCUCUAAGUUGCAACAAGAAUUGCUCAAAUCAUAUCUUCGUAAAACAUCUAAUCAAUUUAUUUGUUUAAAAAAUCCAAAAGUUGCUGAAAAAUUUUGUAAAAAAAUCUCCAAUGAAUUAGACUGUGAUUUCAAUGCGAAUUCUUAUCUAUUUGAAGCUUCACCUGGAUACGGUAUUCUUACCGAACAAUUAUUGAAACAUAGCAAUGGAAAAAUCCGUGUGUUUGAACAUGUUUCAAAACGACGACCACAUUUGGAGACACUUUGUCAAAAAUAUGGCAACAAUAGAAUGGAAAUUAUCGACAAACAAAUCUUAGAUUUUGCUAGUGGAAAUUAUAGACUACUCGAUUUAGAUCGUGAAGAUUUCUUUCGAUUAUGUUUUGGUGGUCUGAAUAAUAAUUGGUCAUUUUCAACCAAUCAUAAUCAACAACCGCAACCAGCAUUUCGAUUAUUCACAGCUUUAUCGCCAUUUUUUGCUCGUGAAUUACUUACCUAUCUGGUUUAUUCAAUAGUUCGUUUUGAAUCAUUUUUCGAAUCAGGACCAAAUGAAUUUUAUCUAUUCGUACCAAUAUCAAUGUAUAAAAUGAUGGUAAGCAAACCAUCACGUAAUCUUCAUCUUUAUACUGCCUUUACUAUCCACAUGAAUACAUUGUUUGAACGAUAUGAAAUCAAUCUACAUUCAUCGGAAUUAAAAAACGGUAUUGAUAACAUUAAAAUCGAAAAUCGUCAUUGUUCAAUUAUAUCGAGCGCCAAUUUUGCCUAUACAAAUGAUCGUAAAUUUAAAUCAAAAGAAGCAUUCAUUUUAAUAAAACUCAAACCGAAACCGUUCAUCAAUCAAAUGGAAGCCGAUUUUCUAAUAGACUAUGUUGUAUUUGUUAAACAAUCAUUCAUGAAACGUACAAAUAAUGCCAUAAAAUAUUAUGAAAAACUUUUUCCUGGUUGUACUAUCGAUCUUAUUGGCCUUGGUAUUUCAUAUCAUAAAACAUUAGGUGAUUUAACAAGUGAUGAAAUGUUUCAAAUAUUUAGUCAUGUACAUAAACUACCACAUUAUAAAAAUUCAAUUUUUAAAAAUGAUCACUAAUAUUUACCUAUUUACACACAAUAUUACUUUGGCAGAGUUGAUAUAGUCAAUUUAAUCACGUGAUUGAUAUGUUCACUGAUCAGUGCGGCAUUGUGUUGUUGGUCGUGGUUUUUUUUCUGUUUUGAUAGAUAUCGAAUUU